AUGGCACACGUGCACGCGCUCGGCGACCAGGUUCCGCUCGCGCGCCCCAUCAUACAUCUUGGCGCCACCAGCUGUUUCGUCACGGACAACUCUGAGGUCCUGCAGAUGCGCGCCGCGCUCGACGUGCUCAUCCCGCAGGUCUGGGCGUGCGUGCGUAAUAUCGCAGACUUUGCCGAACAACACAGGCACCUGCCUACGCUGGGGUAUACCCACUUUCAGCCGGCACAGCCGACUACGGUUGGGAAGAGGGCGUGCUUGUGGCUGCAGGACUUUUUGUUCGACGCUAUCAACCUGGAGACCGUGCGCGACGGCUUGAAGUUGCGGGGGGUUAAGGGCACUACGGGCACCCAGGCGAGCUUUCUGGCCUUGUUUGAUGGCGACCAUGACAAAGUUAAGGAGCUGGAGCGGUUGGUCACGGAGAGCGUCGGCUUCCGCGAGAGCUGGCCCGUCACAGGCCAGACGUACACGCGCAAGCAGGACUUUGUUGUCGUCGCCGCGCUGGCGGGCGUGGCGCAGAGUGGUGCCAAGAUGGCCAACGACAUCCGGCUGUUGCAGCACAUGAAGGAGGUGGAGGAGCCGUUUGCCAAGGACCAGAUCGGGAGCUCGGCCAUGGCGUACAAGCGAAACCCGAUGCGGUGCGAGCGCAUCAACGCGCUGGCGCGCUUCCUCAACAGCCUGGUGAUCAACCCCGCAGAGACGGCGUCCACGCAGUGGCUGGAGCGCAGCCUGGACGACUCGGCCAACCGGCGGCUGGCCAAUUCGGAGGCGUUCCUCACGGCCGACGCCAUCCUCCAGCUCGUGCUCAACGUGUCCGCCGGGCUGGUGGUGUACCCCAAGGUGAUCGCCAAGCACCUCGAGGAGGAGCUGCCGUUCAUGGCGACCGAGACGAUCCUCAUGGCGGCCACGCGCGCCGGCGGCGACCGGCAGCACCUACACGAGGCCAUCCGCAAGCACUCGAUCGCGGCCGGCGCGCGCGUCAAGGAGCAGGGCCUCGACAACGACAUGCUCGCGCGCAUCCGAGACGACCCGCUGUUCGCUAGCGUCACGCCUGACCUCGAACGCCUCUGCGACGCCACCGACUUUGUCGGAAGGGCCCCGCAGCAGGUCGACGAGUUCCUCGCCCAUCACGUCCGCCCGCACCUCGACCAACGCCGCCACCUGCUCGACAAGGCGUGUAACGGCGAGGUCCACAUCUAG